CCCCUUCGCUCAGAGCAAGGCUUAGUGGACCUGGGUCACCCAACCCGACCUGCAAAAGUUUAAUCUGCCUUUGCUGUGACCGCUUUUAUGGCAUCGACCAGCAGCAUGGUGUCAUCUCAGUCUCGCAAUUUACCAUGGGUUGAAAAGUACAGACCGCAGAAACUGGAUGACCUGAUCUCUCACAGGGAUAUUCUCAGCACCAUCCAGAAGUUCAUCAGUGAGGACAGGCUUCCCCACCUCUUAUUUUAUGGCCCUCCUGGGACAGGAAAGACCUCCACCAUCCUAGCAUGUGCCAGGCAACUGUAUAAGGGUAAAGAGUUCAACUCUAUGGUGCUGGAGCUUAAUGCAUCAGAUGACAGAGGUAUUGAUGUGGUACGAGGUCCCAUCUUGAGUUUUGCCAGCACCAGGACCAUAUUCAAGAAGGGCUUCAAGUUGGUGAUACUGGACGAGGCAGAUGCCAUGACCCAGGAUGCCCAGAAUGCACUGCGGCGAGUGAUUGAGAAGUUCACAGAGAACACACGCUUCUGCCUCAUCUGCAACUACCUGUCCAAGAUCAUCCCGGCCCUGCAGUCACGCUGCACCCGGUUCCGUUUCGGCCCACUCUCCCAGGACCAGAUGAUCCCGAGGUUGGAGCAUGUCAUCCAGCAGGAAAGUAUUGACAUAACUCCAGAUGGAAUGAAGGCUAUCGUGACACUUUCCACAGGAGAUAUGAGACGAUCGCUCAACAUACUGCAGAGCACCAGCAUGGCUCACGGGAAGGUCACUGAGGACACGGUGUACACCUGCACCGGUCAUCCCCUCCGCUCAGAUAUAGCCAACAUCCUCGACUGGGCCCUCAACAAAGAAUUCACCACAGCGUACAACCAGAUCCUUCAGCUGAAGACUCUGAAAGGCCUCGCUUUGCAUGAUAUCCUCACAGAGGUUCAUCUGCUUAUACACAGAGUGGACUUUCCCCCGUCAAUUCGGAUGGGACUGCUCAUUAAGUUGGCUGAUAUUGAACACAGGCUUGCAGGAGGAACCAACGAAAAGAUCCAGCUCAGUUCCAUGGUGGCAGCUUUCCAGGGUGUGCGUGACCUUGUAGUCAGCGAGGCCUCCUAGACUUUGCCUACAGUAUUCUAUCUACAUAUUUGGGGGGGGGGGGUCUGGAUAUGACAGAAGAAUCUUCCCAAGAGAGGAAAAGCAAAGAGAAUCUUAUCAUUGUCAUAAUUUGGAGCACAAAAUUCAACAUAUUCAACAUGAACAAGUCAAGUGAAAGCGCAGGUCUGGCUUCUGAGAAGCAUCCCGUGUGGGCCGGUGGGAAUCCUACGCACUCCUGCUCGCUCCAGAUGGAAAAACCCAGAACAGAUCAGAUUCGAUUUUCCAUUCCCGAGUUGUGGCCUCAGCUCUAAGUUCUCAAACUUUCUUUCUUAAACUUUCAUAGCUAGAUGUAAGCGGAUAAGGUGUGUGUAGGUAAUGUUGCAGACGCCAUUGUUGGCGACCCGUUUGAAUCCCUGCACACUAAACACUGUGUACUGCAUCCAACAAUAACAUAAUACAAUGGGGUUCCCACAGGCUCCGCAAGCAAAACUUGAAACGGUGUCUUGUGAAAUAAAUGUGUUGUUCUGGCAUUAGGUCACAUGUCAAAGUUCAGAUCAACCCUUAAUAACUGCCAAGAAUCAAUUCAGUGUCACUGAAUCAUGAAGUAUUAUUAGAAACCCGUGGAUAAUAUGCCUCAACAUGGCCCCUUGUACUGUUAAAAUGCUUUGUUUUUGGACAUUUUAUCAACUAUGCUCAA